GUGAGCGAGUGAUUGUCACGUGAAUCUCGAAGCUACGUUUUUUAAUCGAGGACUGAAGUGGACAAAUCAUGUGUGCGUAAGGGUUGUGCAUAACACAGCUCUAUGUUUACCCGUGGUAUCGGGUUACGGGUGUUUUACCGCCCUCGGCCCACCUUGAGUAAAUAUGUUAAAAAUAUGUCAGCAGGUGAUAAUAUUGACGGGUGAUCCGUCACCGUCAGGUAUACGAGGAAACGACAAUAUCUCACCUGUCAUUCGGUGAAUCUACUGACUACAAGUCAAGACCUACUGCAGUGUGUAGAUUGUACGGAUACUUAACAAUGCCAUCAAACAUCCAGGAUAUUUCACAUUGUGCCCUGAUGGAUAACAUUGGACAUACUUCUUUCACGUACUCGCAUGGUCAUAUUUGUCGCGCUAUGGUCGACAGGACAGGAUAACGUGAUGAUUCGAUACCUUUGUGAUGAGGAUUUGUGAUGUCUUCUGCAGAACACACCUGCAUGAAGACUCGGGAUUGGAUGAGGAAGGAUUAACGUCAUCGUGGGAUGGCUGAGAAUGUGACAUGAUCGUCUCAGAUUCAUAUGGUAUGACAUCAUAACUGCCAUGAUACGAUAAUUGAGGGCUCAUCCCAUGAGAUUGUGAUCAUAUUGAUACAACUGUACAGCCUUCAUUAUACGAACUGUACUGUGGAGUAACGUUCUUACGUGUAGACGACCGGGUAUAUCCACCGGAGUGUAAUCAUAAUUUGACACGUCUAUAUGAAAGCAAAAGGUUAGCGUCAUCGUUUGUUUGUGAUGACAAAUGAGAUUCUUUUAAGUGGUCAGUAUAUCAAAUUCAUGUCGAAACUGAAUAUGUUUCCAUGAAUGUUGGUAUUCCCUGAUUUCAAGCAAUAUUUUAUGAAGUGACCUCACACAAAUGAGUUCACCGUGUCUGUACAGCAUGAAAAUACCCUGUUGUCAAGUUGUAAAUGGGUAUAUUUAAUAUUGCAGAUGCAAAAAUGUUCCCCAUCCUCAUCAAAGUCAUUUAUAAUAUAAACUGUUAAAUAUACGGUUCAUAGAAUUAUUCACCUUCCUUGGUUAACCUUGAAUUAAUUCAAUGUGAAACUGCCUGUACUUUGACGUUUAACACCAGUCGGAGAAAACACUUCGCGUUUCAGAGUCACGUGAUCUCUGACUGUUGAUUUCGCACUUGACGUUUCGACCGACACUGCAGUGACAAUAAACCUCCAUUAAAUAGUCAGUAUCACCGUGUACAUAUGAACGUCUCGGGGCGAGCUAGAUGCAUACAUAACCACGAGCAAGCGUGUCUUGUUUCACUGACAUGUGAGGACGUUUUAUCCUAUGAGACCAUGACAAUGGAGAAGACCUACGCAAAUAAGAAAUGUACUCACCCCUACUUAAAUCUAAGAUUUAUUUGUCUCUCUGGGUGCCUGUUCUGAUAAAUGUCUGAUGUUUUCAUAAUUAAGAAGAGAAAAUAUGAAUUACUUUUCAUCGAAGCCAGGUUUACAAAAUCCAUCACAGCGCCUGAUUUCAAAGUCCGGGUCAACCAAUAUCAAAUGUGUGAAUAUUGAAAAGCAAAGGUUAUAUUACCUCUUGGACGGAUUUACGACUGUUCUAGAGCUCCAAUGGCACUGGGUGGUGUGUAUUUUUUUCAGCGGUUUUCUCGUCAGUUUCUGCUUUUUUGCUCUCCUCUGGUUUGCGCUCAUGAAGUGGCAUGGCGAUCUUGACAACCACCAAGACGAGAGGACUCCUUGUAUCUGGAAUGUACACAGCUUUUCUUCAGUGCUGCUAUUUUCUAUAGAGACACAGACAACAAUAGGCUAUGGGUAUCGCUAUGUCAGCGAGGAAUGUGAGAUCGGUGUGUUUCUGUUGGUGCUGCAGUCUUUGGUAGGUGCCAUGCUUCAGGCUCUACUUGCUGGAGCCGUGCUUGCCAAAAUCCAAAUUCCCAAGAGCAGACGAAAGACUGUGCUAUUCAGUGAUCGCGCGUGCAUAUGUCUGCUGAACGCUGAGCUGUGUUUGUUGUUCCGAGUCGGAAAUAUAAGAAAGUCGGAGAUCGUUGGAGCUCAAGUGAGAGCCAUCUUCGUGAAACAGGAAUAUACAGAGGAUGGAGAGCUUCUCCCGCAGUGUUCGAAAGAUCUGAAGUUGGGCUUCGAGGAGAGCGGAGGCCGAAUGCAUCUAUGGUGGCCGACAACCAUUAUCCAUGUUAUCGACGAGUCAAGUCCCUUCUGGAACAUGUCUCCUCAGACUUUGAAGGAGAGCAGGUUUGAAGUUAUUCUUGUUCUUGAAGGCUCCAUUGCUUCCACCAGUUUGAGCUUCCAGGCACGAACAUCUUACCUUCCUCAUGAGAUAGACUGGGGGCAGCGCUUCCAACCAAUGUUUAAGACAAGAGACCCCGUGGCCAAGUAUGAAGUUGAUUUUCGUUACUAUGGAAAAAAGACUCCUGCACCCUGUACCUCAAGGAUGAGUGCAGAAGACUGGAGGUCCAAACAGACUACAAGAAGACGGAACAAGCAGACACUGUAUAGUCUGUCGGACUGAGACUUGUCCUGGGUUCGACUCCCUGGUACCAAAGUGUCAAACAUCGAUAUAGUGCAUCGCUUUGGGGCUUUCCUCAAACUACUUAAAGUUACUUAUUUUUUGUAAUGCACACUUAUCAUUAUGAUGGCCUCUGUUUGAUAUUUUCCUGACAUGGGCGUUUUUAUGUUUACCCGCAGGUGCAAACCAAACAUAAUGCACUCGCUGUCUCCAGCAGAGGAAUCAUAGUGUUUCUUUGUGAUUGACAAAUGUCUACUAAAAAACAGUAAAUAAAUUAUAUUCAUUGAA